CAUCUUCAUUGCCUAGUAACUGUUCCUUGUGAUUACAUAUCUGAUAUAUAUUGUCUACUGCAACUACAAAAGACGUUUCUACAUGUUCUGAAAAAAAAAGGAUUAUCAUAAGAAGCAAUAAUUCAAAACGGUGCAAGACGGGUGAAAACUGACAUUUGAAACAUGUUUUAUUGCUAUAUCAUGUUCAUUAACACACGUUUUAUUCCUGCUUGUUCUUCCUUGUAAUGUAGUCUCUUCAUUAGUUGUAGCGUUGGAUAAUUUGCUCUGGAUCAUAUUGCACAGUAAUCGACAUCAGUAAACUUUGUGGUAAAGGUGUUUGAGAUUAUUUUCGAUGUGAUGAAGUAAAUGUUCUAACAAAUUUUCUAACAACAGAAGCGAUUUGAAUCGGCGCUUACUCAAGGUUGUUGGUACGUCGUGUCCGAUGCGAGCGAGCUGGAAAUCAUUGAUCCAGAUGCUUGCAGUAGUCGGAGCAGCUGCGGAGUACUACACGGCUCUCGUCGGCUUCAUAAUGAGUUUUGUUUACUACGGAGCCGCAACGAUACCAACAGAACUCACCUUAUCCCAGAUCGAUCCCUUAUGCUCUGACCACCCUCUUUGUAGAAACAGCCAGCAAACUUGGUGCAGGCAAGUUACCAUGCAGAGUGGUCCGAAGGAACCUAGUCCAGUCAGCAGCGGCUAUGUCCAACGAUCGAUUAUCACCCCUGUAAUAGAGCGAGUAACCUUGGGUUGCACGCUCAUGGUAUUGUUUUUUCGAUGGUUCUGGAAUUGGGGCUCGAGAGAUAAACCGCAACCAUCAUUACCUCAUCUCAAUUUUCGUGCAUCAUCCCUUCUUAAGUAUGUACUCAGAUCAUGUUACACCCUACGAGAGCCUUUUAUCCCAACGGCUUGGGCGUCUUUCGGUUACCUUCAAACUCUUCUAGGUGUGAUCCUUUCGGAUGGCACCAUUAGGUAUCGGAGAGAGGUUCUCCAAAUGUCUGAUGGUGGGAUAGUAGCGUUGGAUUGGGCUUGGAAGAAUUCUUCUGUUUCAAAACGUAAAAGGAGGAAAACAUUGUCUAAAGGGCUGAUUGUAAUCAUACCGGAUUUGGUUGCCGGAUCUGGAAAUGUAUCGCGUCUCUGCUCGAAUGCAUACAACAAUGGUUACGAACCAGUCGUCUUUCACCGAAGAGGGACCAAUGGUUUGCCCCUUAGUACUCCUAAAUGCCAAAGCCUUGGAGAUCCUUCAGAUCUACGUGAUGCACUGUGCUACCUCUCAUCAAGACUUCGUUCUGGGAGACGGAUUAGUGCUAUCGGUCUUGGAUUCGGAGGGAGUCUGCUUUUGUCGUACCUAGGAAAUUAUGGUUCGUCUUCCAGACUAUCCGCGGCGGUUUGUUUAUCACCCAUCUAUGACCUAGAGUCCACCAUCCAUAAGAAUCGACGUAACUCUCUUCUGAAAUGGUUCACCCUUCAAUUACUCAAAUUGAAUUUUACGAAUCAUGUCAACACAAUGCCAAAAUUCUUCAAUCUAGAUGCUGCCUUUUCCUCGGGCACUUUAACACAAUGGUUAGAGAGUGUCGAUUGCCCUAUGUAUAAGAUGAAAGACAUGGUGGAAUAUUGGGAACAUAACGAACCCUUACGUGAAGCUGAUGAAAUCGCUGUUCCACUUCUAUGCAUCAACUCAUUCGAUGAUCCCGUCGUUAAGAAGGAAGACAUCCCAAAUGAAUUAUUCUCUACGCUACCUAAUUUGUUAUUAAUGACAACUGAAAGCGGUGGUCAUUGUGGGUUUCUUCAAGAUUCUUUGAACCCAAAAUCCUGGGCUCAUACGGUUGCGAUGGAUUAUAUAGAAGCUGCAUUACAAUUCACGGAAAACGUUACUAAUGAACGAAUAAUUAGUGGCCGUAUGCGUGUUGAUUCUUGAUUUGGUAUAUUUUAUCGAAAAUAAAACAGAUACCUUCUAAUGUUUGCAUCAUCAUUAUUUUUUCCCUGCAGGAAAAAAAAAUGUACAUGACUACGUUGUUGAAUUACUGUCAGUGCAAUUUUAUUACUCUAAGUACUAUUCAAUUUCAACACAUUGUUAUAUUGAUAUUAUUUGGGUUACCAAUUUCAUUUGAGACUGACACUUUGUACUUGAUGUACAAAGCCCCAUUGAACGUAUGUAGUUUCAAUUCGGCAAGCAUUAUUCCAUGAUGUCAAAAAAUCUAUUUCGGAGGUAUAUUGAUUUUGGUUGAUAUUUAAAUGUUUCACCAUUUUGAACCGAAUAGAUGUUAAAGUCGAUAGGAUUCCUUCACCCAAUCUACUCACACUAUUGUCGAAAAUCAUUUAUCUCCUUGCACCCCAUUUAUCUGUUGACGUAGUUGAGUUCAUGCGUUCUGUAGAUUGCACGAUCCGUAAUACUGAUUCUGUACGAUGUUUUAAUAAAACCGAUAGAGUAAUAUAAGUUGUAUCACGAGUAAUGAUGAUUGAUGUUGGCUAAUGGACCGUCUAAUAAGUUUUUAAUCGCUACGUUCAGUAUAUUUUUUUAAUAAUGGCUGAUGACCGUUCAACUGGAUGGUGUUUAAUUGCAUCCUACGUUAUAGCUUCUGGAAUAUGUUGUUAAUAGGACAGUCUCACCGACGUUACCACUCCAGACCGACCAAAUAUAUUACGUUAUUUUUUAAUGUAUUUCAUCGGUCGGAUAGGAGUUAGUUUCGUUGAUGUGACUUUAACUUAAUUGGAGCAUUAUAAUUAAUUACAUGGCCAGGUGGAGUCAACACCGCCAUACAUCGGUUAAAUAGCUAAUGUAAUCAGGUGGUCCCUUCACAAACCAAUAUGGAAAAACAGAAUUCAGUAUUCAACGAGAUAAAUAUCUGUUAAACAAUUAGUGUAAAACACAUGAAACGGAAGUAAUAAAUAGUAAAUACGCAUUUACUAAUGAUUUUGCGUAUUUUCCUAUUAACCUUUUUGUUCAUGGUUGACUUUUGGGGUAAAUCCCGACUUUGUUCAUUCCUAUUAAAAGAAAAAGGCGUACAAUGACACGAUAUCCAUAGGAAAUAUCUUGCAUGUCGCCGUGAUAAUAAUUUUCAUUUUCAUUAUUGUCUUGUGCUGAAUAUCCUGCUUUAUAAUGGAAAGCUUUCCAUGAUUUUUCUCCGCCUUCGCUUAACCGCGAAAAACGGUUUGUCGAUGUAAUUACACAAUUUGUAAUUUAACAGUUUUAACAGUAAUAUUACUGAGAAUGGCUGGAUAGUGUUGUAAAGCCAUAUAAAAGAGAUUAUAUUAAAGUAUUUUGGGGGGAUUAGAAAGAGUUUGUUCAGAAGAUACUUUUUAACGCAUACCGUACUUUAAUAACCAUGAAUGCAUCAUUUUACGGAAACUUGAUGUACUCAUCAAUAAGUAAAAUACUAGAUUGAGCGGCAAAGCUAUUUCACCAGUCUUCUUUUAAAGUAGAUACUUGGCCCGUUUCUCUACUUGGCCCUUUCCUUGUAAGACUACUCUUAAAUUGCUUAUGGGCAAGUCUGGCACGUCUACAUCCGCUACAAACAUCUCUAAAAUACUAAGAGCACAUUCUUCUGACUGAUGGAUGAACAUUCAUUGUUGAAAAUUUUAUCACCGCGUAAAGAUGAAGUCGUAAACAUGUCUUAGCUAAAAUUUAUGAUACCAUCGUUUACCAGACAUUGACACUUGGUUCUAUCAGCAUAUGGGAUGAUUCAUAAAGCCAACUAAAACGCUUCGAUUCUAAUGUGUUGCAAAUGCUGUCUUUGCACGUUUAAUAGCUCUAUGUUCGUACCAAACAGCAAUUACGGAAAUCACAAUUCUUUACAGAGUUGCGUCUUAUCAUGGCCAUAGGUCUACUAGAUUACCUCAAACAGUUGAAAGCGUAUAUAAUCUAUAAUGUACACAACAGUUCAAUUGAAAAAAAACAUGGCGCAAAGUGCUCACUUAACAUGGCUAAUUCGAAUGUUUUCACAUUGUGAAUCAUGUCUUUACAUUCCGCUCAUAUCUUCUGCAUUCUGAAAUUGAAUAGCAUUCUGCCAAACCAUGUGGUAAUAUUACACUGCAGUCGUUGUGAAAUCAACUAUAUCCUACCAAAUUUUGUACACUGCACCUCUACAGAACGAUUCGACUGCAUGAGCACAGUAAAAUACAUUGAGGGGCAAUACACGUGGUAAUUGAUACAUGUCCCAAACUUUAUGCCGUAGACAAUAUAAUACAAGAAAGGAUUAAGAAUAUUAUUCAAAGAAAAAAAGUGUAAUUUUGAAGUAUCGAAUGUACUGACGAAAAUCUCAUACAACAUUAUGAAGAUGGACUUCAUACAUUGGUCCCAGGGGUAUUAGAUCUACGGGUAUUGUAUCUGUCAUUUGACACAUGAAAACGAUAAAAAUGAGCCCAUAUUCAUCAACACAUUCAUCGACGAAUUGAAUACCAAUUUUACUCUUCAUUUUCACCACAUCCUGAAUGUUGUUUUAUAAUGUAACAUGACAUUUUGAGACCGAGAAUUAAUCUGGCUUUGAUAACUUUCCUCCUUGUAAUAGAUGUAGAUCCCUGACAUUCAAGCGUAUUACUAAUAUAAUGAUCAGAGAAGUCUGUGCCAUACAAUAAAGGCUAAUGACCCGAAAUUAAUGCUCGAAUCUUUUCACUUGUUUUUAUCAGGGACGUGUUCCUGGUGUGAUAAAUGGUUGAUGAUCUCACAGUUAGUGUUUUAUGGUGGUUGAUCUGUUGAUUUAUCUGCUUGUCUGUGAAAUACUUCAAAUAGCGUCUGUUUAAUCCUCUUUUUUAUUUCCAUCACUUUUCCCAAUAUUUUUUUCUUCUUCAAAAUAACGGUCUUGCUAUUUUAUAAUUACUUCAGAUUCAGAUUUAUAUAUAAAUCUUUCAAGAACGUUGCUUUUGAUUGUUACGAUAAAAGAAACAAAAAUGAAGUAUGACAUGGAUCCAGUUGUCUAUUAUUUGAAAUAAAUGUUUAUUACAGCUUUACCAAUCUUUUAUUGAAUUUAUUUCAUUCACGUUUUGGCAGCUUGGUAGAAUUUUAGAAAAUGAUAUUAAGGCAAUGAGUCCUUCACAUGGUAUGUCUUCAAAGUAAUUGUUAAUUAGGUUGAUGACAAUCUGAUUUCUUAAUUUGAUACUAAUAAUUUAAGAAUACCCUAAUGAUUGAAUUGUAUCUAGCUUUAAAGCUUAAUGAUACAUGAAUAUGUGAGAUAUAUCAUGUCUAAUAAUCCAUCUUUCUAUGAUGUUUUUAAUCUCUAAAAAUUAGUUACUUGAAUUACAUGAUUGAAGUAAGAUAUAAUUUCUACAAGAAUUAACUGAAACUGUGUUGAAAUAUUAAUAUCAUUGGAAAUAGGAACUCGUAUAAACACUGUCAAUAAAAGCGUGCGAGGAAUGAAUUUUAUGAGAAAUUUAUGAAUAUUUAAAAUGAAUUAUAUAACAUAAUUGUAUAUAGGAUCAAAAUUAACACUGACCCCUGUAAAUGAACGAUUUUGAUACUUGCAUUUCUUGAUUAAUACAAUCUGAACUUAAUGCACACGAAAUCCUGUGUAUUUGUGUUUUCCAUUUUAAUACACGUUAAUUGUAAUAGAAUGUUGAAGGCUUGCUUGGGAUGUUUGAAUAAUCUAAAUACAUUUAUUCCUUUAUAACGUUCGUUUGCUUUGAACAAACUGUGCAUAAAUAUCUUGCCAGAUGAGCACCAUAUC